AUGCCAUUGGGACAGGGGGAGGGUAUGUCGGCGAACGCUGCUGGAGAGAAGGGGAGGGGAAGUAAGAAGGGAAAUGGAAGAAAGUCAGACCAGGUUUACAUAGGCGUCGACGGCUCUGACGAUCGCGAACAUCACGGCCACAACGCGGCGAGUAGAAGGAGGCCAAACCCACGAGGGGCAGCGCGAAGCAGCAGCGGCAAUGCAAACCGAAAUUAUAUUUAA